AGUUGGAACUCUGUUCUUUUCCGAAUUUAGGGCAUAGGGCAUAGUUUUAUAAAAUAAAUAAAAUUUGAAAGCCGAAUUAGGUUGUGGUCUUCUAAUUUUUGGUACAUAUAUUUACGUAGUUGUGAUCUUGGGUAAUUUCGAAGGCAAAUGGAGGAAAUGAGUUGUUUGUUUUAGGGAAAAGGGUUAGGUGUAGGGGGAAAUGACAGAUUUUCAAGCUUUACAACAAAAACCGGAAUCCUCUAAUGAUGUCAGAGAUGAAUUGGAAAGGGGUUUGGAGGAAUUGAUGAGAGGGCAUUUAGAUGAUUGUAUGUCAUUUGCAUCCUGCAGUUCUAAUAGAAAUCCUGAUGAUGAAGAUGAUGAGCGUGAUCAGCUUGUUAGGAGGUCUGAUCUUGAAGGUGAUCAUUUAGCCGAGUCAUCCGCUGCUAGAAGGCUGGAUUCUCGGAUUUUGAGUAGAUGGGCUGCCAGGCAAGCUCAGGAAAUGAUUACGACGAUGGAGAGAAGGAACAGGGAGUCUGAAUUGAUGGCUUUAGCAGGUUUACAUACUGUUUCGAUGCUAGACUCUUCGUUCUUGAGAGAGUCGCAGCCACCUUCUUCUAGGAGACAAGGGGGGAAUGUUGAGAGGCCUAGUACUCGAGCUUCUUCGAUUUUGCAAAUGUGGAGGGAGUUGGAGGAUGAGCAUUCGUUGAAUAGGGCACGAGAGAGUGUGAGGGAAAGGUUGAGGCAAAGCAAUGCUGAUAAUAAUACGACAGUGUCUGGUACAACUUUGUCUGAGAGUCGUGGGAGCGAGAAUCAUGCAAGUGUUGGAGAUGUGAGUGAGAGUGAGAAUGAGUAUGAGUAUGGAACAUGGUCGCAUGAUCAAGGUGUGUCACAGAGUGAUCGUGGGGAUAAUAAUGGGUCUAACAGGGAGCAAUCUCCUGAUCUUGGCGAGGUAGAGAGAGAAAGGGUGAGGCAGAUUGUUCGGGGGUGGAUGGAGAGUGGGAUUAGUGAACAUUCAUCCAAUGUUACCCAAAGGGCCGGCAAUCCUAGAGCUGAAUGGCUUGGCGAAACUGAGCGUGAGAGAGUUAGAAUUGUCCGGGAGUGGGUGCAAACGACUAGUCAGCAGCGAGAUGAAGGCCAACCAGAGCAUGUUCGGAGGGACUUGAGGAGGUUACGUGGAAGACAAGCUGUAAUCGACUUGCUUGUGAGGAUUGAAAGAGAAAGACAGAGGGAACUUCAGGGUUUGUUGGAGCACCGUGCUGUUUCUGAUUUUGCUCAUCGCAGCCGCAUUCAGACAUUACUCAGAGGUAGAUUCUUACGAAGCGAAAGACCUCUUGAACAGGAACGAUCAUCUACAAUUGCAGCAAGUGAAUUAAUUCAGUUAAGCGAACGAAACACCGUUUCUGGCUUGAGGGAAGGACUCCAUAACAGAUUAGCAACAAUUGUCCAUAACCAAUCUGACGACAAUUCUGAAACCACAUCUAGCAAUGUUAUCAAUGAUUCUAGAAAUGAACUUCCCCAAACAAACAUGUCACCUGAUGUCCAAGGUGAAAACAAUGAGUUUGCACGAUUUAGGAGUUUGGAAAGUGGCAUUAUGGAGUUGCCUAAUCAAACAGGAGAUAUGGUUAGCAACAUGGCUCUUGAGAGCAUAAGUUGGCAAGAAAAUGCUAACCAAGGUGGGAAUUGGCGGGAGCCGGCUGCCAAUGAUGGAGGAGGAAACUUGCAACAACCAACAUAUCAUCAGUUCAAUCAAUGGAGAGAGGGUGAUACGGAAGUAAUGGAUACAAAUUGGCAAGGAAGUUCAGUUAGUGAGCAUCGCCAAGACAAUCCUGGAAAUGAAAACAGAGAAUUGAAUCAUCAAGAGGAAGCCCAGAGGGAUUGGCAUGUGGACCGCUCUCAAGAAGCUGUUGAUACUUGGUCAGAAGGGCCUUCUUAUCCUCGGAGAGCACGUCGCACAAUCCCAGUUAGGAGGUUAAAUAGAUUUCUCCCACCUGAAGAUGAUAAUCUGUAUGGUAUGGAACUUAGAGAACUUCUGAGCAGGAGGAGUGUCUCUAAUCUUCUUCGAAGUGGUUUCCGGGAAAGUCUAGACCAGUUAAUACAGUCUUAUGUGGAAAGACAGGGUCAUUCUCCCAUUGAUUGGGAUCUUCAUAGAAACUUGCCAACUCCGGCCUCCCCAGAGACUGAUCAAGAGCAGCAGAGGGGUGAAACAAUUGAUGAUCAGAAUGAUGCUAUUAACAGACCUUCACUGGUGCUACCUUCUCCUCCAGUGCCACCACCACAGCCACUGUGGCAUCAUGAUUUACUUCACACUAGAUGGUCUAGGCACAACAUACAUAGAUCAGAAAUUCAGGAAUGGGAGAUGAUUAAUGAUCUUAGAGCUGAUAUGGCAAAACUCCAGCAGGGCAUGAGCAACAUGCAGAGGAUGCUGGAAGCCUGCAUGGAUAUGCAGCUGGAGUUACAGCGAUCUGUCAGGCAGGAAGUCUCUGCUGCUCUGAAUCGUUCGGCUGGUGAAAAAGAAACAUCAGAGGAUGGGUCCAAUUGGGGUCAUGUGAAGAAAGGGACAUGCUGUGUCUGUUGUGAUAGCCAUAUCGAUUCACUAUUGUACAGAUGUGGACACAUGUGCACUUGUUCAAAAUGUGCGAAUGAGCUGGUUCGUGGUGGUGGAAAAUGCCCAUUGUGUCGAGCACCUAUCGUGGAGGUAAUCCGCGCAUACUCAAUACUGUAAAGAGAUGAAAGAAGAGAAUAAGAAUUAACAGAAAGACUGGUAUAUAUAUUAUAUAUAG